AUGAUUGCCAUCGUGGCCAACACCCUCUACCUGGGCUGGGCGGCUGACUUCAACGCCUCUCGGACGAAACCGAAACCCGACGGAACGACCGAGGUCGAGGACCCACCACCACGGGCCCUGCGAGGUCCCGGGGUCACCGGUUCGGUUCGGUGCGGGGUGACCGGUGGGUCCGAGGUGAAGAACAGCUACCGGAAGUUGCGACAGCAGCCGAUCGAAGAGAAGUCCACGGCGGUGGACUGGGCCCCUUGGAGAACGGGCCGAGAAAAGAGAGGAGGCGACGAGAAGUUCUGGAACGCGCUGGACGUGUUCCUCGUCACGGAGUCGCUGAUCACGUUGACCUGGGACUUCGGCGCGGGCUCCUCCUUCGCCCUGCUGCGCAUCGUCCGCGUCUUCCGCCUGGUGCGCAUCGUGCGGCUGGUGCGGACCGUGCAGGCCUUACGGAAGUUACGUACCAUGAUCUUUGCCAUGCUCAACUCCUUCGCGGAUUUGCUUUGGGCACUACAAGUGGUGCUGUUAAUCGUCUUCGUCUUUAGCUUGAUCUUCAACAACGCCGCUUGGAGGGCGCUGCAAGCUACGCGGGGCAGCGGGGCAAAGCGCGUGAGAAGUAGGCAUGAAUUCCAUGUGCGGAAAAACGUGGUAGAAUCGAGGAUACUUGUGGGACACGGCGCUGUGAGUGGUGGCAAUGAUUGGAUGUUCUAUGCGGAACUCUUAAAGGAUUUGAGUCCCGGGAUGGGCGAAUUCUACUUUUUGGUCUUCAACUUCUACAUCGCAUUCUGCGUGGUCGGUCUCUUCAACGUGGUCACGGGUGUUUUCGUGGACAGCGCCGUGUGCACCCGCACGGAGGAUGAGAUCGUGCAGGGCUACUUGGAUGAGAUGAAGUCCAUGACCGAAUCGAUCAAAGGUUUCUUGAAAAAGGCCGACAAGGAUGCAUCGGGCACAUUGACCUAUGAGGAGUUUCAAGCACACAUGUCCAACCCAGUCGUGAAGGCCUAUUUCAGUGGCUUGGACAUCGAUCCAGACGAGACGAAGAUCAUCUUCACCCUGCUGGACUCGGACUGCAACGGUGACAUCGACAUCGAGGAGUUUGUGCAUGGCACCAUGAAGCUCAAAGGUUAUGCCACCAAGCUAGAUGUCAUGGCGCUGAUGUACGACGCCACCCGACAAAGCAUCCGCUUCGAUGCCCUGUGCGAGUUCGUGGAAAGCCGCUUGGAGGUCGAAGGGCGAGGGACAUCGAGGGACAGGGGGGAGAUAGAAGGUGUAAGGCGUGAUGUACGGCGCCAUGCUUUCGUCCUUGGACUGGAGCAGUUGAGGAAACGCGGUCGCUGUUUGUAA